AUGCAUAGUAAAAUCGAAUAUUUAUCUAUUGAACUUUGGUUAGAAAUAUUUACUUAUUUAAAAAUUCGUCAUCAAUUUAAUGCUUUUUUUAAUUUAAAUAAAAGACUUAAUCGAAUUCUAUUGUCUUAUCAAGUUCAUUUCACUUUGAAAAAUAAUGAUGAAGAUACUCAAUAUUUACUAAAAUAUGUUCUACCAUAUUUAACACAACAAGAAAAUGUUACUGGUUUACGAUUGGAGAAUACAAAUAAAGUUGAUCUUAUCAGUAAUGCAAAAUCAUUAUAUUUUCCUCGUCUUACUACACUUUUUCUUCAUCGUUUGCAUAUUACGAAAGAUUUCCUUAGUCUAUUUCAAAAAAAUUCUACUCAUCUUCGAUAUAUAAAUAUUAGUUCAAUCGUAUCUGGUGAUAAAAUAUUGUUGCAUCAACUACUUGAAAUGAUUCUAUCUCUAUCAAAUUUACGAACAUGUCGUCUUUGUUUAGGAAUAAGUAUGUCUCCAAUUCAAUUAAGAUUUUCAUCAAAAAGUUCAAUUAAAAAUUUAAAACUAAUUAGAAUAUAUGAAAAUUUUUUUAUCGAUCGAUUUAUUAUUUUAUUACAAUGUUUACCGUAUUUACAAUCCUUACAUAUAAUAGCUAAUCAAAUAAAUUUUUCUUCUACAAAAAAUACCAAUAAUAUAUAUUGUACAGUUCCUAUUUCUAGUUUUACUUUAAAUAUUAAUAAAGUUAAUGUUUCUUUUGUACAAUUUACAAAUUUUAUGUUAUGUGUAACACCUUAUUUACAAGACCUUAAUUUUAUAUGUCGUACUUCAGUACAAAAUUUAAACUAUUUAAACCAUCGAGAAUGGAUGAUAUUUAUUCAAUCAUUACCAAAUUUGAAAAAAGUAACUCUUGAUAUCUAUCCUAGUAAUGACAUUCAUGAACAGAUAUGGAAUAAGAAAUGCCAAAUUUUAGUUGAUUUAAUGAUUAAAAAUCAUAUUAUUUUACGAAUUGGUAAAUAA